ACAGGGGUCAAUAGAUGUCUGAUGGUGACAAAACGACCCUUGAAUCGACAAACUAUAUUUUGGGGUUUGUGAUUGAUGCUGUAGCCAAGAGCCGUGAUGGUAGAUUCCGUAUUGUGAGUAAUGAUGAGCGUGAACAGACCUUAAAUCAGCUUCUCACUGUUUGUGGUGGUGGAUUAAAUGAGCCGUAUGUUGAGCUGAAGAGGCUUGUGAAUUCACAAGAAAAGUUAUACCAGAUGGCUAGCAAGUUGCAUAUUUAAUAUAUUUAGUAUUUUUGUAAGGCAUAAUAGUAUUAUAUAGAGGAUUUGUUGAAUUUUGACUAUAUUCAAAUGAUGUAUGAAUUCUUUUUUAUGAUAAUACUAUAUGGAUUUCA